UACCCGGAUUAUCAUAUAAAAGACCUGCAUCGUCGACGGUUCAACAUCAGUAUCAUUCAGUUGAGCCUUAAGAAGAACCACCAUGCAGUCGCAGUUGUUCAGUAUAGUUGUACUGUGCGCAGUACUGGCUUGUGCCAUUGCUUACCCUUCGAUCGCCCCAGAAGAAGUUGAAGAAGCGCCGCAGUACGUUCUAAAGCCAUCGGCACCCCGCCCAAAAAGGGAAGCCGCUCAAGGAUUUGGAGGAGGAGGAGCGAACGGAAAGGGCCAAGGUGGAACCAUAGGAUUCUCAAACCCCAAUGGCUCAGGAGGCAGAGUUCAAUACGGACAUGGAAACGGUCAGGGCCACUCAGUGGGUGUGGAUGGACGAGUGCCGGUCUGGUCCAAUAAAAAUCGCUUUGGAGAAUCAACCCUCAAUGUUGGAGGAGGCGCCAGUCAUCAAUUUGGAGGUCCUGGAGGAAGUCAGAGCGGGGACAAGCGAGUAGGCGUCAACUUUAACCAUCGAUUUUAAGCAAAACCUCCUGUAAUUCUCAUUGAAGUUGUUGGAAAUAGAACCACGAAAUAUUUCA